CUGAGACUAGACUUGCGGAGAUCCCUUGCCUUCGUUCCUGGACCGCUCCGCCUCUGCUGGAUAGUCCCUGCUGCUACUACCACCGCCGCCACCACCUCCUGCAGCCCCGAGCGACCCAGAGCCACAGCCCAUCGGUGCCCCUGACCUGCAGCCGCGGCUACCGGGCGCGCCCAGUCGCACGUGGCGGACCCGCCCCCUGUGCCGGCUGUGCCCUGGGCUCUGGGCCUAGGUUCUCGGAUCGCCAGCCCCGGCUGCAGGGCCGCGAUGAGCUUCUUCAGCCGGCAGCGACCACCGCCGCCCCGCGGUGCCGGGGUCUCCUGCACCUUGCGGCAGAAGCUGAUCUUCUCUCCCUGCAGCGACUGUGAGGAGGAGGAGGAAGAAGAGGAGGAGGAAGGCAGUGGCCACAGCACUGGGGAAGACUCAGCCUUUCAGGAGCCCGACUCGCCGCUGCUGCCUGCACGGAGCCCCCCGGAGCCCGGGUUGGAGUGCCGCCGCUCGCCCGGCCCGGCCCCGGGCAGCCCCGGGGAGCUGGAGGAGGACAUACUGUUGCGGGACGCCUGCCCGGGCGCCGACGGGGCUGGCGGCGGGGCCGAGGGCGACUCGUGGGAGGAGGAGGGCUUCGGCUCCUCGUCGCCGGUCAAGUCGCCGGCGGCCGCCUACUUUCUGGGCAGCUCGUUUUCGCCGGUGCGCUGCGGCGGCCCGGGGGACUCGUCCCCGCCGAGCUGCGGAGCGCGCCUGGACGGCGAGGGCUUCUGCUCGCCGCUGCCGGAUUACCCGGGCACCCCGGGCACCCCGCAGCGCAUGACCUUCGGCAAGCUGCGGCUUUUCUACACGCCACACACGCCCAAGAGUUUGCUUUCCAAAGCUCGAGGAAUAGAUUCCAGCUCUGUUAAACACAGGGGUGGUUCUCUGUUCAUGAAUUCUGGAAAAAGGGAAUUUGACGUGCGACACACUCCACAAGUGAAUAUUAAUCCCUUCACUCCGGAUUCUCUAUUGCUUCAUUCCUCAGGACAGUGUCGUGGAAGAAAGAGAACAUACUGGAAUGAUUCCUGUGGUGAAGAUAUGGAAACCAGUGAUUAUGAAUUUGAAGAUGAAACAAGACCUGCUAAAAGAAUUACAAUUACUGAAAGCAACAUGAAGUCACGGUAUGCAACAGAAUUUCAUGAACUAGAGAAAAUUGGUUCUGGAGAAUUUGGCUCAGUAUUUAAAUGUGUGAAGAGACUGGAUGGAUGCAUUUAUGCCAUUAAGCGGUCCAAAAAGCCAUUGGCUGGCUCAGUUGAUGAGCAGAAUGCCCUGAGAGAAGUAUAUGCUCAUGCAGUUCUUGGACAACAUUUUCAUGUGGUUCGAUAUUUCUCUGCAUGGGCAGAAGAUGAUCAUAUGCUAAUACAGAAUGAGUAUUGUAAUGGUGGAAGUCUAGCUGAUGCCAUAAGUGAAAACUACAGAAGCAUGAGUUACUUUAAAGAAGCAGAAUUGAAAGAUCUCCUUUUGCAAGUUGGCAGAGGAUUGAAGUAUAUUCAUUCAAUGUCUUUGGUUCACAUGGACAUAAAACCUAGUAAUAUCUUCAUAUCUAGAACCUCAAUUCCAAAUGCUGCUUCUGAAGAAGGAGAUGAAGAUGAGUGGACAACCAACAAGAUUAUGUUUAAAAUAGGUGAUCUUGGGCAUGUAACAAGGAUAUCUAGUCCACAAGUUGAAGAGGGUGACAGUCGUUUUCUUGCAAAUGAAGUUUUGCAGGAGAAUUACACUCAUCUACCAAAAGCAGAUAUUUUUGCUCUUGCCCUUACGGUAGUAUGUGCUGCUGGUGCUGAACCUCUUCCCAGAAAUGGAGACCAAUGGCAUGAGAUCAGACAAGGUCGAUUACCUCGGAUACCACAAGUACUUUCCCAAGAAUUUACAGAAUUGCUAAAAGUUAUGAUUCAUCCAGAUCCAGAGAAAAGACCUUCAGCAGCAGCACUAGUAAAGCAUUCAGUCUUGCUGUCUGCAUCUAGAAAGAGUGCAGAACAAUUACGAAUAGAAUUGAAUGCUGAAAAGUUCAAAAAUUCACUUUUGCAGAAAGAGCUCAAGGAAGCUCAGAUGGCAAAGGCUGCAGCUGAGGAAAGAGCACUCUUCACUGACCGAAUGGCCACAAGAUCCAGCACCCAGAGUAACAGAACAUCUCGUCUUAUUGGAAAGAAAAUGAACCGCUCUGUCAGCCUUACUACAUACUGACCUAUUCUUUUCCCACCUUACCCCAGAAAACUGUGAUGAAAGGAAGCUAGAUUGAAAUCACUGCUAGAAACCAGUUUGCAUUACUUUCUCAAAUGGUAUCCAGUAGUUUAGGACAUUUCGUGAAUUACAGUUGAAAGCUAUACCUUGACCAUUGUCAAGCUUUCUCCUAGUCCUACCAGUCUGUCUUCUGUAGAUUGUCAGUCACUGUUGGAUGUUACACCGGCCUUCCCAGGGUUAACCACUGUGGUGGUAUGCUGCUUAUAGUUUGCUGUUGCUUUGUAAUAAAAGGUAUCUUUCCCUGUAGUGACCUGUAAAAAGGACUCAAGGGCUUUAUUACAAACAUUCUCCCUUUGUCAAGGGAAAUACUAAGACUCAGUACUACUCAUCCUUCAAUUUACCUGUGUGUCAAUUUUAUAUUUCUUUUUUAAUUGUGAAUUUUACUUGUAUAUCCAACUGGGAGCACUUUGUAGGCAUUGGAUGAACCAUGGAAUGGUAAUUCUGUGGAACUAUGCCUUGUGAAUUUGCUGCUAUUUUAGAUUUGUCUUUGCUGUAAGAUUGUAGCAUUAAACAAUCAUCGUUGUUAAUAGGCUUUCUUUGGAAACAAUUAUGUGAAAUAUAUAAGCUGCUCUUGAUGAAAAGCAGCAAUUUGCCUUUUUCCCUUGAACUUUGAAGCUAGUGCAUUGGAAAAAUGCACCUCUUUCCCUCCCUCCCCCCUUGAAACGCUGUAUUAAUGUAGUAUAAUUAUUACUGGUUUUAUAAUUUUUCCUGAUAAUGUCCUUCCCUGACUCUCUUUAAGAAUGUCUCCUCCCAAGUUUUGUACUUGAUUGUAUUAUUACUCUGUUUUUAAACGUUUUGCUUGAUUUCUCUUCAAUAUUUGUAUAUAUAAACUGAUACUGUAUAUAGCUGUUUGAAAUGCCAGAAUGACUUCUGACUAUUCCAAGUUUUUUCAUAAAAUAUAUUUUAUCUGUGAUUAGCCAUUUGACUAAUAAAUACUGGCUAACAAAUGUUGCAAAAAAUAGAAAAUGUCUAUUCUUUGUUCCUCGUUAGUUUUGGUUGAAAACAUUUGCACUUGUCUGUUUGACUUGUGUUUUAUUAAUAUUGAUUGGCAUAUUAAAAGUCACUCUGUGCUUAAACUUAAUUGUCU